AUGGAUCUCGAUUUGGAAGACAGAACGAUCAAAAGAUCUGAUACAACCACCAUCAAACUCGCUGUUGGCGAACCAGAUGCGACCAUGAUUCCAUACGAUUUGUUGUCCAAGGCAACGCACGAGUUAUUCAAUGACAAAAUCAGUACACAACAAAGUACACAUUGGGUCUAUGCAGAAGAUGAAGGUAAUCCCGAUUUACGUCAUCAUAUCGUCAAUUUUCUUCAUCAUACAUGUCGAAUCGCGACAUUAAGUUAUGAAAAUAUUUUCAUCACCAAUGGCGUCUCGGCUAUUCUCGAUCAACUUUGUACAAUGUUUCUUCGAGCCGGUGAUACUGUACUUGUCGAAUGUCCAUCCUAUCUCUAUGCAUUAUCGAUUUUCCGUGAUCAUCAUUUGCAUAUCAUAUCUUAUGAAACCGAUGACGACGGAAUGAUUAUUGAUUCGAAAUUUAUUACCGAUGUGCUUGAACGCGCUAAACCAAAAAUGAUUUAUGUGGUGCCAACGUUUCAAAAUCCAAGUGGUUUUACAAUGUCGCAUCAUCGUCGUGAACUAUUAGUUCAACUAAGUUUGAAAUAUCACUUCUUAAUCGUUGCCGAUGAAGUCUAUCAUUUUCUCGAUUAUUCAAAAAAAGAGCCGAACGGUAAUGGUCAUCAUUACAAUGAGAAACUCGUCGAACAUCCGAAAUCAUUCGCUGCAUAUCAUGCAGCAGGAACUGUGAUAGCACUACAAUCAUUUUCCAAACUUCUCACACCCUCGUUACGAUUAGGUUUCGCGUGUGCUAGUCAUGAACACGUUAAUGCCAUGGCUCGUUAUGGUUUAAUUCACAGUGGUGGUGGCGCAAGUGCUUUUACAUCUGGUAUUGUCGAUCGAAUCUUAGUUCAAGGUUCAUUGAAACGUUUUAUCGAUGAAAAAUUAUGUGUUGAAUACAGCAAGCGAAUGAAUGUUAUGUACGAUGAAUUGAUGCGAACAUUCGGUGAACAGUACAUCACAUGUCGACGACCAACGGGCGGUUAUUUUCUAUGGGUGAAGUUUAAUGACACAGCGAUUGAUUGUGAUCAAUUAUUAGUUAUUGCUCAAAAGCAUGGUGUUUCAUUUAAACCGGGCCGAUUAUUUGCUCAUGAUCCAGAAUCAAAAGCACGUUUAGCGAAUUGUCUUCGACUUUGUAUUGCAAUUGCUGACUGUGAUCAAUUACGUGAAGGAUGUUUGCGAUUAAAGCAAGCAUUCGAAGAAUAUAAAAACGUCGUUUUAUAUUAA